AUGUCGGACUGGCAGGCGGCUGAGGGGCCGGGCUUCUGGAGCCCCGCAGCCCGCCGAGGGUCGGCGGGCGGCGUCGGGGACAGCUCCGGAGUGGAGGGGAGCCUGGCGGCCGCCGCAGAGAAUGAAGAUCUAGAAAUCACCAAGGCCACCUCUGAUCUAGCAUCCCAUCCCUCGCCCCACAGGCCACAGAUGGUAUCUCCAGUGAGUAAGGAUGCCACAGAAGAUCUGCAGGGAGCAACCAAUCCCUCCAAGGCUCCAGCUUUGGUGGAACAGCAUUUGCUGCCUGCAGACCAGGCCCACGUCCGCAACCAGAGUUCUGAUGUGCAGAUGGCCAAGUACCAAGUUCCACAAAGGUCUGGAGACAUCGUUAUGAUCCAGUCUGAGCAUACAGGAGCUAUUGAUGUUCUUUCAGCUGAUUUGGAAUCUGCAGAUCUUCUGGGGGACCACAGGAAAGUUUCCCCACCUCUGAUGGCUCCUCCAUGCAUCUGGACCUUUGCCAAGGUGAAGGAAUUCAAAAGCAAGCUGGGCAAAGAGAAGAACAGCCGUCUGGUGGUGAAACGGGGUGAGGUGGUGACCAUCCGGGUACCCACUCAUCCAGAGGGGAAGCGUGUCUGCUGGGAGUUUGCAACUGAUGACUAUGACAUUGGCUUUGGAGUUUAUUUUGACUGGACCCCUGUAACCAGCACUGAUAUAACUGUGCAGGUCAGUGAUUCCAGUGAGGAAGAGGAUGAAGAAGAAGAAGAGGAGGAGGAAAUUGAAGAACCUGUCCCAGUGGGAGAUGUGGAGAGAGGCUCCAGGAGUUCCCUACGGGGUCGCUAUGGGGAAGUCAUGCCUGUGUACCGAAGGGACAGCCACCGAGAUGUGCAGGCUGGCAGCCAUGACUACCCUGGAGAGGGUAUCUACCUGCUCAAGUUUGACAACUCCUACUCUCUGCUACGCAACAAGACUCUCUACUUCCACAUCUACUACACUAGCUGAAGGACUGCUGAGACAGUGGGCAGGCUGUAUUUGCUGGCUGACGCAGGCUGCCAGCCGGAGCCUCUUGUUUUAGAUAGACAAGAGCUGAAAGUUCCGCGGGAGGCUCCUAAGCCUCACGUCCUGCCUGGCAUGCCUGACUGUUGACCCCGUGUAGCUUUUUCCCCUUCUUGGCUUCUGCAGGUGGUGGUGUAGUCCCCUGUUCUGUGGUCCCUGACUCAUGCUCUUGUUGCUUCAGAUGCCAGCAAAUCCCUCUUUGAAGGCACCUAUCAGGCAAAAGCCUCAAAGGAAGUAGGAUGAUGUCUUUUACAAAUAGAUUGGUGUUGGUACAAGGUUUAUCAGUCAGGUUGCUGCUUGCUCCUCUUGAGAGCCUAUAAUGCCAAUGUGUUCAGUGGCACCCACCCUUUUUACUUUUUAAGGUGCCAGAAGAGGGAAAAGCACAUUGCCCAUGAAGGAGCCCAGUGUCUUGGACAGAGAAAGCUCUGUCCAUCCUCUCACCACUGCCAUAUUCCUGCCUGCUGGGUAUUCUUGUUCUCUAGCACAGGCUGCGAGACCUCACUGCCUUGGAGGGGUACUAUUAUUCCUGAUGGCUAGACCCCUCCUUUUUUCUCUUUCCUAAGUCUGUGUUUUUGCCAUACAGCAAGAACUUUCAUGCAAUCUAAAGUGAUGAUCAGUGUAACCUAAGAUCUUCUGGGAGGAAAAAUGGGCUCUAUCACUUUCUGUUCCAAGAGCUAGUUUCCCUUACCAAGGGCACUGGCAGUUGAUGCAGAAAGGGUGGAAAUUAGAUACUGAAUUGAUCUUGGAAUCCACCUUUGAAAUUCUAGUGUUACUCAAUUUUUAAGAAAAUUUAAUCCAAGAAAGAGGGAUAUCAUCAAAGAGAGGUUUAAAAAAGAAAAAAAAAAACACUCCAGAUUCCCCCACCACAUUUUUUUGUUGUUGUUUGUUUGGUUUGGAAUUAAAUGCAGUGAAACCCAAUCAGAUUUUCAAAGUUUCUGGAUUUAGGGUUUUUUGUAUUGAGGGCUAAAAGCUUUUGGUGUUUGAAGUCCCUUAGGAAAGGGACUGCUGCUGAUUGUACAUGUUCUUUACCUGACCAAAGCUUGCAUUUCCCUGGUAACAGCCUUCCUCACUCUGUUCACCCCGAGGCCUACGAAUGCCAGAGUGCUGUGGUGCUGCAGCAGGCAGCCCCCGGGUGCCAGGGCCUCUGGGGGAGAAGGAGAACAGGGUGAGGCCAGGACUCCAGCAGUCAUCUGUUCCUCUUUGUUUCUUAUUCCUGUGUGAAGUCUGUUACUCCCGUUGAAUUUUGAAUAUUCAGAUUUAUUUAUUUAUUUAUUUUUUAAAGCACAUUUCAUUUUUGCCUUUGAAACAGUUUCUUCUGUUUCUCAGAAGGCUUCCCAUCUGCUCUGAGCCACUGAGGCCACCUCUUCUAUAGAGUUAAAAAUGAUUGUAGGAGAAUUUGCGAGGUGACUAUGUUCAUUUCUACAGGUCAGUCCUGUGAUGCUCUGGGAGGCGUCUGCCCCUUCAGAGAUGGAUGACUGCAGGCUGCCCCACGUGUAGGUGCAGACCAGCACUCCCGUGAGGAGUUCUAAAUGGCGAGGGAGCCUACUUGUUCUCUGGGAAUUGAGUGCAGAGGAAUUGACUAGCCAAUCAGUGACUAGCCAAUCACUGUGAUUCCAGGAUUUCAAAGUCCUUUGCCUCCUCUGACACCUUUUCAUGAUGUUUUCUUUGGCUCAUUCCUUUGUUGUGUGGGUUCCUCACCCCAAGCCUAUCCUCCUACAGGAGUGGUCACUUGAACAGCAAGACUCCUCCCAGUAGGUCUGUAAUAGUGUCUAUGUCAGGAACAAAGGACCAUGAGUCCUAAGCCUCUGUUCCCCUGGGAGCAAAGCCGAAAGUAAGAUAGAGUGUUGUGGAUUGCCAUAGCAUUCCAUUCUCUUGAGUGGCAUCAUACCUCCAUUAUUGUAUCAUUGCAAAUGUGUUUUGUAGAGGAUCACACUGGCCAAAAUUUAUAUAUCUUGUAAGAAAUUAUUUUAGUGACUAUUUGGGCAGUGGAGAGCAAAUAUGUCAUGGGUCAUUCGUUACAUAGCUUUGUGGCCACUCUUUCAUCAUGAAGUUGAAUCAUGCCUUAGCUAAUCAAAUAUGGUCUUUGUAAAAUAAUUUUCUACUGAGCUGUUUUUCAGUCAUUGAAAGCCUUGCUUAUUUUUUCCUGUUUAUUAUCAACCUAUGACUUUAUCUCAAUAUGGAGCUAUCAGGUCACAGGUAGCAAGCUCCCAGGGAUAACAUGCACCAUUUAUUUUUUUAUUUUUGUCAUGAGAGUCUCUUUGCUUAUUUUCUUGGAAUCCUGGUUCUGUUGUAUCAGGGAACCCUGAGGGACUUGUUUUCAUCACCUCUAUGUGCCUGCUAUUGUCUGGUCAUUUUGAAGUCCUGGGCAUUCCUUACUGUUUUUUCUUCCAUAGUGUUUCUUGGUUUCAUUAGCACAAAUAGCUAAAAGAAGAUAAUCUCACAGUCUAAUGCAUUUACUAUUCUCAUAUUAAAUUUUUGAAAUAAUUGAACUUUAGAGACAAAAGUUAUUUACUAAAGCACAGGUAAAAUUACUUGAGAACCCACAGCCCAGCGAAUUCUAAAAGGUGGCCACUUCCUCAGGCUGUCCUUAUCCAUGUUUAUCAAACAGUGAAAUGAAGAUCCCUGGCUGUCACUCUCACUCUAUUCUCCAGAGCUCAAGUAAAUAUUAACAAACAGUUUGGAAGAAAGUCUGUAGGGCAGAUCUUGGAAUUCUCCACACAGAAUAGUUGAGUUCUAAAAUUUCUUCAGUCCAUUUCAUUUUCCUACUUUGUUGAUAGAUGGGGCAUUUGGAAAGGAAGUUCUAUUUAAAGUUGAUUUUUCCAACAUUUUACUAUGAAAAAUUUCAGUAAACAAAAAAUAAAUAUAAACAUACACACAUGCCAUGUAGAUCUUAAAAUCAUAAAGUGCUAAUUUUUAAAUAAAGAUGAUUCUAACUUUU